AUGGGGGACCCUUCAGUCGUCAAAGCGAUCGAAAGCAAGGCAUCUGUGAAUCACAUAGAGGAUGGUCUUCAAGCACGGCACAAUGAAGACCAUAUGACCCUGGCGUAUAUGUUCAUCCACCACAAGACUCUCAUCUUCUGGUCUUUUUACUGGGCAAUGUGUCCCGUCGGAUGGGGGUUUGAUGCACAAAUCAAAGGUGCCAUGAUUGCGGUGGAAUCUUUUCGACGCGACUUUGGAUACGUUCUGGAUGGCGAAGCUAUUCUGCCUGCUGAUUGGCAAUCCGCCUUCAACGUCGCCAGCUCUAUCGGUCAGUUCUUUGGUGGCUUCUUCUGCAGUUGGCUGGCCGAGCGAAUUGGCCGUAAGAGCUCCUUGGUCGUUGGGCUAUGUCUCUGCACAGGCGGUACGUUUGGGGAAGUAUUUGCGGGCGUCCGCGUGGCAUUUCUCGUGUCGAAGCUCAUCCUCGGCGUUGGACUUGGGUUCUUCCUCACCCUUGGCCCUCUUAUGUGCAGUGAGAUCACCCCAGUCAUCUUGCGCGGUCCGUCGACGGCCGGGAUCAACCUUGGGAUCUGUAUAGGCCAGUUGCUCUCUAACUCGGUGGUGAAGGGUUUCAGUCAUCGGACGGAUCGAUGGGCAUAUGCGGGACCUUUUGCGGUUCAGCUCUUUUUUACAUGUUUCUUGCUUGCUGGAUUGCCCUUUGCUCCAGAGUCCCCCUGGUACUUGAUCCGCAAAGGCCGGAUGGACCAGGCGCGUAAAGGCCUUGAAAAGCUUUGGGGGAAAGGCACCGACGCACAUAUGAUGCUUUCUGGAAUUGAACAUUCAAUCGAGGAGAGCUCCCACCAAGCAAAUACACGUUACACAGACUGCUUCAAGGGUACGAAUUUCCUGCGAACCUGCAUUUCGUGUGGUGGAUUUGUAUGCCAGCAUCUUGUCGGCAUCAUCUUUGUCUUGGGGUACUCCACCUACCUCUUUGAGCUGGCCGGACUGGAACCUUCUCACUCCUUCGACCUGGGGUUGGGGUCACCGCGUGCGGUGUGUUUGGCAACUUCCUGA